AUGCAUUGGUCACGGAAAUUGAUUAGUCGAUUGCUUAGAUAUGCAAUUGUUAUUUCAACUUUACUUAUGCUUUGGAAGAGUCUCAUACUGGCAACAAAUUGUUCACAGCCUAUUCUUGUCGUAUUGAGUGGUGGGUACAGUUUUCACAAUCUUGGUGAUUUACUUUUCGUAACUAAUUAUCCAGCAGAUUCUAUUCGUGCAGGAGAUGUUGUCGUAUUUCGAAUAGAAGGUCGUUUUAUACCGAUUGUUCAUCGAGUGAUUCGAGUACAUGAAAGAGAAGAUGGCUACGUGAAAUUUUUAACUAAAGGGGACGGGAAUAGUGUGGAUGAUCGUGGACUCUAUUCAGUCGGACAAUUAUGGCUUGAAAGAGAACAGAUUGUUGGAAAAGUCAAAGGAUAUUUUCCGUAUUUAGGUUUAUUCAUCAUUUUACUUUCUAACUUACCUCUACUAGAUCGUCUCCUAUUGAGAGUGGUGACAUAG